AUUUAUUGAUUUAUUUCAGGGGAUGAGUUUUCUGCAUCUUUCUUGAUGAAUCACGGGUGUUCAGUGAAUGUAGCCACACCUGGUGAUGGCAGGACACCUCUCCAUACUUUAGUCAGUCAAAAUUAUGAAGAUCAGCAAACCCGGGAUGACAUGGUGAAGGUGACACAGAUGAUGAUGAUGAAGGGAGCCGACCCUAAUAUACAGGACAAGAAUAUGAAGACAGUUAUGCAUUUAGUAGUGGAAGGAGAAAGAGUGGAAGUGUUCCGUGUACUGAUUGAACAUGACAAUCUGCGCCUAGAGCUGAGAGACAAGUUUGGAUAUCCACCUUUGUGGUAUGCUCUGACAAAGAGCACAGAUUUUGCUGAUGGAUCAUUUGCUGCACUUCUUAUCAAGAAAGGUGCAUCACCAGAUGCAGUUGUGGGCACCAGUGGGGAGUCUAUCCUCCAUCUUGUGGCACGCAAUGGUCUGGAAGAAGCAGGUCUGUUUCUCACCACACAAGGUGCUAAUUGUAACGUAGUCAACGCUGAUGGAGAAAGUCCACUGCACGUGUCAUGUACUGUUGGUCUGCCUUCACUCACUACAGCACUCCUCCAGAUAGAAGCAAACCCAAAUUUCCAAACUUACUCGGCCACUCCAAAGAGCAAAGCACUGGCAUCAAAUGAUCCAUUUGCAGAAGAUGAGGAUGAAAACGAUUCACUAUUACCGACACUAAUUUUCCGUGAAACUGCCCUUCAUCGAGCCAUCAGAAACAAUAAUGAAGGUGAUAUAAGAGCAAUCUUGGAUCACAAAGAAUACUGUGAAAGUAACAAAGUGGAUUUUGCGUUGAUUCCCGACCUAAACCUUCGAGACUCAUGCGAUCUGACAGCAUUAGGAGUGGCUUUAGGUAGUGGCCAUCUGACAGUUGCAAGACAUCUCUUAAAAGCUGGUUCUGAUAUCAACACUACUGACUCUCAAGGUCUCAGCCUGCUACACAUUGCUAUCCAGCACAAGGAUAAACAAGUGACAACCUUUCUAAUCAACAAUGAAGCAGAUGUCAAUCUUAGGUUUGUUACUGUUUCAUGCUUACAUAUUUCACAGAAUAACUGAUAAUAGUAUUAGAAUAAUUAUAAUAUGUAUA